UUGCAGAUAUAAAUUUGGAUUAACAGAAUGUCUUUGCUGACGGGAAGUGCAAAUUGCAUUAAAUAUGUUUUAUUUGCUUUUAAUUUAAUAUUUAUGCUAACUGGCAUCAUUUUGAUUGCCGUAGGUGUUGCUGUCGCUGCCGUCUACUCCGAAUAUGAAGUAUUUUUGGUAUCAAAAUUCUUCUCGAUACCCACAUUCCUCAUUGUUAUCGGUUCAUUCAUCAUUAUCUUCUCGUUCUUCGGUUGCUGGGGCGCUUUGAAGGAAAACUAUUGUUUAAUCUUAUCCUUCUCCGUAAUGUUGGGUUUGAUUUUCAUUUUGGAAUUGGCAGCCGGUAUUAGUGGUUAUGUCUUGAGAUCAGAUGCCCAAGCUCUUAUUAAAACAUCUCUAACCGAUUCUAUGAAACAGUAUAAUACGGAGAAAGUUAAUGAUGUUACAGUAUUGUGGGAUUCUGUACAAAGAGGUUUUACCUGCUGUGGCGUUGAAAACUUCAAUGACUGGAAACCUUUCUUCGAAAAACAAUUGCCCCUAUCCUGCUGUUCUUUGCCCAAUGGUAUUGUGGGUAAUUUCAGUUGUACCGUCGAAAAUGAAGACACUAACCGUUUCAAGUUAGGUUGUCUAACUGAAUUCUCUAACUUUGUUGAGGCUCAUGCUGUUAGUUUGGGUGCUGCUGGUGUUGUUAUUGCCAUCAUUCAGUUCUUUGGCGUUCUAUUUGCUUGUUAUAUUGCCCGUGAGAUUAAGAUUCGUAAUGGUAUCACUGGUUUUACGAUUUACAAAAUGGCCUCCACCAGGGAUUUACAGUUAAAUUCUGGCAUGCGUUGUGCUAAAUACAUGUUACUCAUAGUUAGCUUUAUGUUUGCUAUCACCGCCAUUUUAUUGGUUAUGGUUGGUUCAACCAUACAAGCAAUAUUUGGUGAUUUCCGACAAUUCGUAGACGAUCAUUUCCUUUCGCCACCAGCUCUUUUAAUAGCCAUUGGUUUCAUCUUGCUAUUCGUAGCAACUUUGGGGGCCUAUGGUGCCAUCAAGGAAAGUGUAAUGCUUAUUAAUUUGUAUGGCGUUUGCUUGUUUUUGGUCUUCAUUUUGGAAGUGUCCGCUUCCAUUGCGGCCUUCGUUAUGCAGGGUCAAGUACGUGAAAUGUUGGUGCGCACCAUGAAUCAAUCGAUGGCCGAUUAUGAGGCCAAUGAAUAUGUUCAGGCUGGUGUUGAUUUCAUGCAGAGUGGUUUGGAGUGUUGCGGAGUUGAUGGUCCCAAGGAUUGGGCCAAGUAUAUGAAUCAGACCAGCAACAACAUGGAUGAUGAAGUUUCAGUGCCAUAUUCUUGUUGUGGUCGUUUCAAUUUGGACGAUAUGACAAAAUGUGAUUUACAGUUUGAGAAUGGUUGUUAUGGCCGCAUGGAUUUCAUUAUUUCUCAAAGUACUAUGUUGAUUGCAACUGGUGCUACCACGGUGGCUUUUGUGCAGCUUUUGGGUUCCAUUUGCGCUUUCAUGCUGGCCAAGACCUUGAGACGCAACAAGUCCAUACGCGAAGCUCGCCGCUGGCAAUUACAACAAAGUUUGGGUGUCUUAAUAUCCGGUGGCAAGAUGGCUCCCCCCAUGAACUCACCCAUGACCGGUUACACCCAGUUGGAGAAAUCCGAAAAGUUCUUGGAAAAUGAUCCAAUGACCUAUACACCCAACAGUCCCAGUGUAAUAAAUUAAUAAAAAA